CAAAAUCUCAUUCUGAAAUACACGCUGGCUCAGAAAUAGCAUAGAAUAAUUCUUAGUCUAUGAUAUAUCUAUGGUCAAACUGACCCACUGGAACCAGACUAAGAGCGAAAGUUCUCAAGGGGCUGGCACAUGUAGCGCAAGUUCCAUCAUGACGAAAACAAAGAAGAAUAAAAGUAAAAGUUUGAAAGCUGAGGAAAAGGUGACUGAGCAUCCCUUAAAAGCAUGCGACCUUGACCCAUUGACCAGUGAUACACAAAACGAGGUCACCCUGAGGGAAAAGCUGCAAACCUACGAUGAUCUGUUCAAGCGAAUGUUGGAUGCGAUUCCCCCACAGUACUACUUUAGUGCAGACGUAAAGGAAAAGCUGAAGGAGAAAAAGGCUGCAAGCAUGGACCAAAAAAUCAAAGCCGAGGGAUUGAAGAGAAAGAACAAGAACGCAAUAACAGAGCGGACCAAGCAGAAGCGAGCCAAGCUUGAUCCAGAGGAGAACUGGACGAUCACACAAGCACAGGAGAAGUUGCUUGGAGGUGGGCCUGUUGGCAAGGCUACACUAAGCACCAAGCAAGCCACAAGCCAGGAGGAACUGAAAGAGCGCCUUCAUGCUAAAAUCUCUCAGGCCAAAGCUUCAAGAAAAGAUGACAUUCAGAAGAGGGAGAAGAGGACACUACAAAAAGAGAAGAAAAAGAAAAAAAAAGAUAAAAGCAAAGCAAAAGCAAGCAAUGUCACUUCUGAAAAGAAUGGCCACUCUAAGGAUAGCCAGAUGUCCAAAAACAAUGAAUUAGCAACUUCAAAAAAAGUUAAAGAAGGGGACAGCUUCACGUUCAGCAAGUUCGACUUCACCGACGCUGGCGGCAAGGCGGCCGGCCGGCACGUCGGCCGCGACUUUAAGCGCAUGCUCACCAAGGUACAGGCGCAGAAGGAGAAGGUGGCGGCGGUGCGGCAGAGCGACCCGGAACGUGGCGCCGUGAUCGCCGAUAAACACGCGUGGCGCAGCGUACUCGAGAAGGCAGCCGGCGCGAAGGUGCGCAACGACGAGGAGCUCCUGAAGGUGGCUGUCAAGCGCAAGGAGAAGGCGAGCAAGCAGCGGAAGAAACGGUGGGAGGGGCGCGUCGAGAAGGUGAGAGAGACGAAGGAGCAACAGCAGAAGAAGCGCAGUACGAACAUCAAGCUGCGAAAGGAGACGAAGGUGCAGAAGAAGAUCAAGAAGGCGGUGAAGAAGGGUCGGAUAUUGCCGGAGCUACGCAACACAUGAUUGUCUUGACCGCACGAACGCCAGACGCUUCCAUUAUUUGUUAAUAUAUCUGUGCCAGUUGAUCGUGAUACUCACAGACUUCUGUGUUUUGUAUCUGAAUUACAUGAAAGGAAAAUUAUCUGGAUUACAUAAAAUGAACAUGAUUGCUCUGCAGGAGCCAUCGGACAAUGGUGCCAUAAAAUGUACAUGUACAUGCUAAUAAAUAACCUAGUAUCCUA